ACUUUUCUUCUUUAGUAAUUAGCUUGGCUGCCAGCAAAGUCAUGCUUCAGCAUCUUCGAGAAAAACCCAUCACGACUACAUCACAUCUGUUGUGAAAUUACGUUUUGUUUUCAGUUCCCUGACAGAGAUGGGCGAGAUCAGCGAAGCGUCCUUACUGGAAUACAUCUGUUCCUCUGGAGGAAAAGUCAAAAAUUCUGAUCUGUCCAAAACAUAUAAGCAUUUUAUAAACCAUAGCGAUUUGCAGCUACGUGCCAAAUACAGAGAAGAGUUCAAACUCAUCAUUGAUCGAAUUGCAGUGGUGAAAUCUGAGAAUGGAGAGAAAUAUCUCAUCCUCAAGAAGAAGUAUAGACAGCAGAUGCAAGAGCGAGAGUCUGGCGCUGGAAAGGGAGGAGAAUCAAUCAAGCCGGUUCAGCCGAACCCACAAAAUAUUCUCCAGGUCUCCAAUCCAGUGCAGAACCAUAACCCAACAGCUCAGAAACCAGCACUGGUGGCUUGGUGCUCAGGACCCAUGAUUACAGUCACAGAAGCACCAGAACCGACUCAUACCGAUGUUCAGGUAGACAGCACCCUCUCCCCGCCAGCAGCAGAGGAGAAACCAGAGGAGCUUUCAGUAUCAGACCGAGAAGAUGAACUCGACAAAGACUCAGGGUCAAAGAGUGAAUCCGAGCAGGAUGAGGAGUGCGGAGGCAGUUUGGGAUCCACCGCUGUGGCUCUUGAUCCUCUUGAGAAAGAGUGGAUCUUCUCUGCAGCAAGUGGCAAACUGUCUCACCUCACUCAGCUCCUGAAGCAAGACUCCUCCCUGGCCAAUAAAAAGGUAGAUAUUAUCAGUAUAUAAGCACUACACUGGGCUGCGAAACAUGGUAAAGAAGACAUGACCACAAUGUUGGCAGAAGCAGGGGCUGACGUCAAUAUAAAAGCACAUGUAAGUCCAGCUCACCUUACAUUCACCCUUGCUGUGUAAUGUUUCUCACAUGUGUGCCAGGCUGCCAGAAAGUGUCCGCUUCUGACAGAACUCCUGUGAAAGGGGAUACACACCGUUACACAUCGCAGCACUGCAUGGCCAUCGACAUAUAUUUGACCUGCUGGUCAGGACAUACGGAGCGAAGGACAAUCUGCGGGACUACAGUGGCCGUUUACCAUAUAAUUACCUUAAUUUACAGGAGACACAAUUAGAAGACCAUGAACUAUCUGAAGUCAGCGAGUGCCACAGCCUAACCCAGGCCGGCGAGCGCAGGAACAGGAAGAUCACAUCAUUAUUUCACUCCAUGAAGAAGUGGGGUUCAGCGGAGGACCUGGCGCCCGUGCUGGAGGAGAGGACUGUUGCUCAUCAGCUCAUGCUGCCUGCGUUUAGAACCAGAAAGUUCUCACGGUAGACUGUGUGAAGUCUCGCUUUAGUGCCGCUUUAAUAGUGUACAGAUGAAAACGCACUUUGCUGCUUUAUUCGCACAGAUACUAUGAUGUAGUUGUAUUCACAUUUAAGUAGCUUUUUAGCUUAAUUGGCAUUUGUAUGCCACAGCAGUGUGUGAUAUUCUAUCUAAUGUCUAAUGUCUUAUUUUCUCUGCUAAAGGUUUACAUUUUUCAUUAAGCAAUGAAAAGGUGCAUUUUAAAUUACCGUUUCAUCUUAUGAUCCCAAAGUUUUACAAGUAUGAAGAACUAUGUUGUCUGUAUGCUAAUGCUAAAGUUCUGUCUUGAAUAGAGACCAAGUUCAGCUUUUAUUUGCCUUAUUUCCACCUUACCAAACUUAAAAGUCAGAAUCAUAGUUUGCAUAGAUAGAUAGAUCGAUCGAUAGAUACCAUAUAAAUGCACAAUUUAAGCCUACUUUAGCUAAAUAAAUAAAUAAGCUCCUGAAAUAUUUUUUUUU